UCAGAAGUGAGCAAAUUCCAAUCCUUCAUUUGAAUACAAGACGUACAAAUAGAGUUGCUCCGGGGGCCCCUUGUGUUUGUUCGGAGACAUACGCCAUCAUGCCAGAUCCGUCCAAAUCCGCUCCGGCACCCAAGAAGGGUUCCAAGAAAGCCGUCACCAAGGCGCAGAAGAAAGACGGCAAGAAGCGCAAGCGCAGCCGCAAGGAGAGCUACUCCAUCUACGUGUACAAGGUGCUGAAGCAAGUGCACCCCGACACUGGCAUCUCGUCCAAGGCCAUGGGCAUCAUGAACUCGUUCGUCAAUGAUAUCUUCGAGCGCAUCGCCAGCGAGGCCUCCCGCCUGGCGCACUACAACAAGCGCUCGACCAUCACGUCCCGGGAGGUGCAGACGGCCGUGCGCCUGCUGCUGCCCGGCGAGCUGGCCAAGCACGCCGUGUCCGAGGGCACCAAGGCCGUCACCAAGUACACCAGCUCCAAGUGAGGCGUGCCGCGGUGCGUCCCGAACCCAAAGGCUCUUUUCAGAGCCACCCACACAAUCGAGAAAGGGUGUUGAACACGGUGAAGGGCUGUUGCGUAAUGUCAUGUAUUUGCGUGCGCCC